UUUUUUUUUUCUUUCUUUCUUUUAUAUAAUAGACUUUUCCAGCGUCAUGACUGAUACUAAAUCAUUCACAGCCUCGACUCAUAUGGAUCAAGCCUUGGCAGGAUUUGGUGCUGGUCUUAUCUCCACUACUAUACUUCAUCCUCUGGAUGUUAUCAAGAUCCGUUUUCAAGUGGAUGCUGCCAAACACUCAACAAAAAGACCUUUGAUUGGUGGGACUAUCAAGUCAUUUCGAGAUAUAAUUCAACAUGAAGGUGUUUUUCGAGGAUUAUAUCGUGGUGUUUCUCCUAGUGUUGCUGGCGCUACUGCAAGUUGGGGUUUUUAUUUCUGGUGGUAUAGUUUGAUCAAAAAACAAAUGAAAAAGGAUGAUCAAGGAAAACUAGCAGCUUGGCAACAUUUAUUAGCAUCAGCAGAAGCAGGAGCCAUUACUGCGAUCAUGACAAAUCCAUUAUGGGUUAUCAAAACAAGAAUGUGUACAACAACUAGAUAUACGGCUGAUGCAUAUACCGGAUUAUGGAAUGGAUUAAAUCGACUUGCCAAAGAAGAGGGAAUUCGUGGAUUAUACCGUGGUAUGGUACCUGCGUUGUUCGGAGUGUCUCAUGGGGCUAUCCAAUUCAUGGCAUAUGAAGAAAUGAAGAAAUGGAGAAAUGAUCUACGACAAGCUCAAGGUGAUAUUCCCAAGGAUGAACUCAAUGCAAAACUUAGUACAAUGGAAUAUUUAAUCAUGGCUGUUUCAUCGAAAACAACAGCUGCAGUGGUGACUUAUCCAUAUCAAGUAUUACGUAGUCGAUUACAGAAUCGUGAAACAAAAGAUGAAUAUCGUGGGGUCAUGGACUGUAUCAAAAAAAUCAAAUCUGCUGAAGGUUAUGUUGGAUUCUAUAAGGGCCUGGCGCCAAGUAUCAUUCGUGUCCUUCCUGGUACCUGUAUCACCUUUUUAGUAUAUGAAAAUAUGACUCAAUACUUCAAAAAUCAUGCAUCAUAAAUUUAGAAUAGACGUAAAAUUAGAAUAUAGAUUUAGUUUUUCAUUUUGAUUAUUUAUUUAUCUAUUUUUUUU